CUGUCUGUCCAGCAAUCGUGAACGUCAGAUCGUAUCGUGUUGUUUGAAGUAGACUAUUAGAUUUUCUUUGAACAUAAUAUCUUUUAUUACUGAAAUAAUUUAUAAAUUAAUAAAAUGCCCAAAGUCGUUUCUAGAAGUAUAGUUUGCUCUGAUACUAAAGACCAAGAAGAAUAUAGUGAAGAAAAGCCAUUGCAUAUUUACUACUGUCUUUGUGGGCAAAUGACAUUAAUUUUGGAUUGUGCAUUAGAAAACUGCCGCUUAGAAAACGUGAUGGAGCAAGAGUUUAUCGAUGGAAGCAAACAUGCCCACAAGAUGACUUAUGACACAGAUGAGCAAGUAUUUAUAAAACGUCAAGAAGGAAUAGAGAACCAAUAUAGAAUGAGAUGUAAAAAGUAAUUCAAGUGUUAUUCCUGGAAUUCCUUAGAUAAAAGAUGGCCAUUGGAAACAAUCCAUUCUUCAUCUCUGAAACAUUUCCUGAGAUAUUCAUUGUCUGAGUGUUGACUACUGAGAUGGAAAACGGAAGUCUGAAUCAGUAACCGUUUUUCUCAAAAUUUUUGAAUUAGUGUA